AUGUCGAGCCGUCGUUCUUUACUUGGGUCGGCUUUAGAUUCAUUGCCGGCCCCGACAGACCCAUUGCGUGAGUUAUUUGAAGCCUGCAAAACAGGAGACGCGAGUCGUGUAAAAAAGUUAGUAAAUUCACAAACAGUGAAUGCGAGAGACACUGCUGGUCGAAAAUCCACACCAUUGCACUUCGCAGCAGGAUAUGGUCGCCGUGAAGUAGUUGAAAUACUAAUUGCUGGUGGGGCAGCAUUGCAAGCUCGUGAUGAAGGAGGCUUACAGCCACUUCACAACGCAUGCUCAUUUGGUCAUGCUGAUGUGGUGAGGGCACUGUUAUCAGCUGGAGCACCACCAGCAGCUAGAGAUAACUGGGGUUAUACACCACUACAUGAAGCUGCAGCUAAGGGGAAAGUCGAUGUUUGUAUAGCAUUACUCCAGCAUGGAGCCGACCCGAACAUACGCAACACGGAAGGCAAGACUCCACUCGACCUGGCUGAUCCUGCUACCAGGCCUGUACUAACAGGUGAAUACUGUGCAGCGGAUGUGCUGGAAGCAGCCCGUUCUGGUGCCGACGACAGACUCGCAUCUCUCCUAACACCUUUGAAUGUUAACGUACACGCCAGCGACGGCAGACGGUCCACAGCAUUGCAUUUAGCAGCAGGUUACAAUAGAGCUAGAGCUGUUAGGCUGCUGCUGCAGAGAGGAGCUGAUGUUCACGCGAAGGAUAAGGGAGGCCUAGUCCCACUGCACAAUGCAUGUUCCUACGGGCACUAUGAAGUGACAGAAUUGCUGGUGCGAGCUGGCGCCGAUGUGAAUGCGACCGAUUUAUGGGCCUUUACUCCGCUGCAUGAAGCGGCUAGUAAGGCGCGACUUGAGGUAUGCUCGUUACUAUUAAGCGAGGGUGCCGACCCCACACUUCUAAAUUGUCAUGGGAAAUCGGCGCUAGAUGUCGCCCCUUCCAGAGAACUGCGAGAUAGACUUGCCUUUGAAUACCGAGGACAUUGCCUUCUAGAAGCUUGUCGUUUAGCUGAGCCCACGAGAGUGAAAAAGCAACUUUCCUCACUAACAAAUACACAGGAUGUCGCAAUACACAGCGGUCAAUCAGUAGCGAGUUCGAUUCCCAACGAGCGGAUAGCGGAAUUAGUCAAUUUUCAACAUUUAAGUACUGGGGAUAGGCCGCUGCACUCCGCCGCCGCCAGUGUGUAUCCCAAACGCAAACAGGUUAUGGAGAUCUUGAUACGAAAAGGCGCUCGGGUCAACGAGAAGAACAACACCGGUCAGACACCGCUGCACGUGGCGACUGAGCAUUCGCACUUGGACGCUAUGGACCUUCUACUUAGGCAUGGUGCAAAGGUGAAUGCUUGUGAUGGGCGUGGUGAAAGCGCUCUGUCGCUAGCAGCUAGGCGAGACUCGGCCGCCGCAUGCAGACUGCUCCUAGCGUGCGGCGCGGACACCCUCGACUCGCAGCAUUUGCAGCACGAUGCAUGUUCGAAUGCGGCGGCGCUGCGUCUUCUAGAAGCAGCAAGAACUGGCGAUGUGGAGACUGCCCGCGCCAUUUUGGAUGCAAGACCGAGGCUGGUCAAUUGCCGGGACGUGGAUGGACGGCAUUCGACUCCGUUACACUUUGCAGCAGGGUACAAUAGAUUGCCGCUUGCGCAGCUUUUGUUGCAAAGAGGCGCUGACGUUCACGCUAAGGAUAAGGGCGGGCUAGUGCCACUACACAACGCGUGUUCCUACGGCCAUUUCGAGGUGACCGAGUUGCUGGUCUCCGCGGGAGCUGGAGUGAACGCGGCGGAUCUAUGGAGGUUCACCCCCCUCCACGAAGCAGCUGCGAAGGGCAAGGCUGACAUCGUACGACUGCUACUGAAGCACGGAGCAGAUCCUACGCGAAGGAAUCGCGACGGUUUGACCCCGCUGCAGCUGGUGAGGGCAGGGGACAGCGAUACGGCUGAUGCCUUGCGGGGAGACGCGGCUCUAUUGGACGCGGCUAAGAGGGGAGAUCUCGCUAGAGCUAGGAAAUUAAUUACGCCCCAAAAUGUGAACUGUCGCGAUGCGCACGGCAGAAACUCUACGCCAUUACACCUCGCUGCUGGCUACAACAAUCUAGAGGUAGCCGAAGCGUUACUAGAAGCCGGCGCUGCCGUGUCCGCCCGAGACAAGGGGGGGCUAGUGCCCCUCCACAAUGCGGCGUCAUACGGACAUUUGGAGGUAGCGGCGCUGCUAUUGCGCGCGGGGACGCCCCCGAACGCGGCCGACCGUUGGGGGUUCACCCCCCUCCAUGAGGCUGCCCACAAAGCUAGGACGCAGUUGUGUGCUUUAUUGUUGGCUCAUGGGGCAGACCCAUUCCUCAAGAACCAAGAAGGUCAAACAGCUUUAGAAUUAGCUGGAGCGGAUGACGUGAGAUCACUGCUAUCUGAUGCGAUGACAGGAGCCGCUGGCGUCAAUGCUGAAACGGAGAGCACAAUUUCCGUUCCCCCCACCGCUUCGCUCCUACCCCCACCACAACUGCCAGUGCUCUUGCCGAGUGGGGAUACUGUACCUCUACCGUUGCCGGUGAUGGCUAGUAACUACUGGUCGGAAGGUUCGAGGGGCAGCUUGGAAGACGCAGCUGGUAGACCGGCAUCAGCUCUCUCCACUUCAGAGUCAUUACAUACCUUCCUAACGAGCAUCGGCCUGGAACAACUUGCUCCGGUGCUGGAGCGAGAGCAGAUAACAGUGGACAUCCUGUCGGAAAUGUCUCACGAAGACCUGCGAGCGAUCGGCGUAGCUGCGUACGGGCACCGACAUAGGUUGAUGAAGGCGGCAAGGCAUAGCUUGCAGUCACAUUCAGAAUGGUACGGCGGUACAACACUAGUGGACGUGACAGCUGCAACGGGAGAGUGCGAAGAGAGCGAAUACUCUGUGAUCGAGAGGGAGAUGCAGGCGUCUGUGCGUGCGCACCGUGACCACGCAGGUGGCCACUUCACUAGAUACAAUGUUGUUAAGAUACAAAAAAUUGUCAACGGCCGCCUUUGGGAGCGUUACGUGCGCCGGCGCAGCGAAGUCAGCGAAGAAUCCGGUGGCGCGAGCGAACGAAUGCUUUUCCACGGCUCGCCGUUCAUCAACGCUAUCGUUCAGAAGGGAUUCGAUGAACGACACGCGUAUAUCGGUGGAAUGUUUGGCGCCGGUAUAUACUUCGCGGAACAUUCCUCCAAGAGUAACCAGUAUGUCUAUGGUUUCGGUGGUGGCUCUGGUUGCCCAGCGCAUAAGGAUAGAAGUUGUUAUCUAUGUCAUAGACAAAUGCUGCUUUGCCGAGUGACGCUCGGCCGCGCGUUCCAAUUGGCUAGUGCAAUGAAGAUGGCGCAUGCGCCGCCCGGCCAUCACAGCGUGGCAGGCAGACCGACUAGCGGUGGUCUCUACUAUCCCGAAUAUGUCGUGUAUAGAGGGGAACAGGCUUACCCCGAGUACUUGAUAAUCUAUCAAAUCGUCUGCGACGAAGAAACAGGUGGGGACGUAUAG